AUGGCAACCCCAAAAGUGCUGCUGGCAGCUAUCCUAUUAUGCUUUGUACUACUAUCCCUUAUUGCACCUUCAUCAGCACAUAUGGUCAUGUCCGACCCUCCCCCAAUCAACUACAAAGACAACCCGUUCUAUCUAGAAUCAAAAGGCGAUUUCGAUUAUACAGCUCCAAUUUCACCCUCUGGCUCCAAUUAUCCUUGUAGGGGACAUUUAGAUGACUUGGAUACCCCUCAGGGAGGAUCUGUUAAAACCUGGGCUGCUGGAAGUACGCAGACCUUGACAAUUGCUGGUUCAGCUGUUCAUGGAGGUGGAUCUUGCCAAGCCGCUCUUUCGUAUGACAAGGGGACAACAUGGAUUGUCAUCAAAUCCUGGAUAGGAAACUGUCCCCACGCAACUCCCGGCGGAGAUCAGACAUUUAAGUUCCCAAUUCCCAGCAGUGCACCUGCCGGUGAAAAAGUUCUUUUUGCAUGGACAUGGUUUAAUAACGUUGGAAAUCGCGAAAUGUAUAUGAAUUGUGCAGUUGUCACGAUUACCGGUGGCUCAAGCAACGCACUUAGUGGCCCGACUCUCUUCCUUGCCAAUAUUGGCAACGGCUGCACUACAGCUUCAGGCACAGAUGUUGUCUUCCCAAACCCGGGAGAUACUGUUGAGUAUGGAGGAAGUGAGGGUGACCGGGCGCCGCCAUCUGGUAGCUGUGGAUCGGGCGGGACUGGGACCGCUUCAGGCUCUGGUAGUGGUACGGGAAGCAGUUCAGGGAGCGGCUCUGGGAGCGGUACUGGCAGUGGUACUGGCAGUGGCUCUUCAAGCUCUGGUACAGGCACGAAUACCGGAAACGGACAAGGAUGCGAAUAUUGGAGAACACAGGGUUAUGUUUGCAGUGAUGCUUCGCCAUCACUGAUAGGCAAAUUCACAUUUAUGAAUAUCGCCUUUGGUUUCUUAGCAUUUAGUUGGAUUACACUGAGAGUGUUUUAA